CAUGGGAGUGACAUCAUAAAGGGUAAAAAGGCUCCAGAGAACUCAUUGCUGUACAUGGCCUCAGUGCAGAGCAGCACCGGUCAUGUAUGUGGAGGAUUUCUUAUCACUGCAGACUUUGUGCUCACUGCUGCACACUGUGCCAAAGAAAAUCCCACGCACGUUGUUCUCGCCACUCACAAUCUCGAGAAGUCCCAUCAAGAAAAAAUAACAAUUAAAAAGAAAUUCAAGCCCAACUUUUAUCAAACGGCUUGGCACGGUGAUGACAUCAUGCUCCUUAAACUUUCCAGGAAAGUUCAACUAAACAAGAGAGUAAAAAUAAUUCCACUGCCAUCUGCUAAAGUACAACUGAGAAAAAAUGAAGUGUGUCAGGUGUCUGGAUGGGGAAAAACUAUAACUGCUGGUGAAACUGUUAAUGAGCUGAGAGUGGUGGAUGUGCCUGUCAUCAACAAAAAGGUGUGUAAGGAACUGUGGCCUGGUCUUCCUGCUAAUGUAAUCUGCGCAGGUGGUUAUGGCACAGACAAAGGGUUCUGUCAGGGUGAUUCAGGCGGCCCGCUGGUAUGCAAAGGAAUCGCUGUUGGUGUCGUUUCCUUCAACAAAAAAAGAAACUUUGACUAUCCUGAUGUACCCAACGUUUUUACAGACAUCUCAAAAUACCGCCUGUGGAUCAACUCAAUUCUAAAAAACCCAAAUAGUGAUAAACAAAACCCAUAAAGUUUUGGUUUUGUAUUAUUAAAAUGUAAACACGGUGCUGGCGAUUGCUUCAUCGGAGGAACCAAAAACAGAAAUAAAAAUAUCUCGCAGUCCAAAUUUCAUCUGUAAUAUUGCCGUGAGAAGGUAAAAAUGUUCCCUAAACAAUAACAACUAAAAAUCUAAAGAGAAUAAUUCUGUCAUAUGAUCACUGCUACAGUUUGCUGUUCCCACAUGACUAAAGUAACACAAUCGGUGUGAGUCGGUGAGAGUGGGAGUGACUGCAGUGGGUCUAAAUAAAGUAUCAAAGGUGUCUCCCUCCCCAUGUGACCACUAUCAACAGUACAACAUAGUAGCUGACAGGCAAAAUUGUUAAAUUGUUUCACAGAAUCAGGUUAUACAGUAUACCACUGUAGUCUAAGUAUAGCGACAAUAAAGGAAACUUUAUCUUUUGUCUCUUUGUCUGUUUAUUUACUCAUUUCAUUAGUGUUAUUUCCUUUAUUGCAGUCUGUGUGAUGUGUAUAAGCUGACAGGCAGGAGGA